AAGGAAUCCUCCUCUUUUAUUGUCUCUAUAUAGCAGCCAUGUCGCACAGAAAGUUUGAGGCUCCCCGUCACGGUCACUUGGGUUUCGGCCCCCGUAAGAGAACUAGAUCUCACCGUGGUCGUGUUAAGGCUUACCCCAAGGAUGAUGCUAGCAAGCCCGUCCACUUAACUGCCUUCAUGGGUUAUAAGGCUGGUAUGACCCAUAUUGUCCGUGAUCUUGAACGUCCUGGUUCCAAGAUGCACAAGAAGGAAAUCGUCGAAGCCGUUACUGUUAUCGAAGCUCCCGCCAUGGUUGUUGUCGGUGUUGUUGGUUACGUCGAAACUCCUCGUGGUCUCCGUUCUUUGACCACUGUCUGGGCUGAACACCUUUCUGAAGAAGCUAAGCGUCGCUUCUACAAGAACUGGUACCGUUCCAAGAAGAAGGCCUUCACUAAGUAUGCUCAAAAGUAUGCUGAAGGUGCUAAGGAUAUUGCUCGUGAACUCGAACGUAUUAAGAAGUACUGUUCCGUUGUCCGUGUCAUUGCUCACACUCAAAUCUCCAAGGCCAAGCUCCACCAACGCAAGGCUCACAUCAUGGAAAUUCAAUUGAACGGUGGUUCUAUUGCCGAUAAGGUUGAAUGGGCUCGUGAACACUUUGAAAAGGAAGUCACUGUUGGCUCUGUCUUCGAACAAGAUGAAAUGAUUGAUAUCAUCGCCACCACCAAGGGUCAUGGUUUCGAAGGUGUCACUCACCGUUGGGGUACCAAGAAGUUGCCUCGUAAGACUCACCGUGGUCUUCGUAAGGUUGCCUGUAUUGGUGCCUGGCAUCCUAGCAGAGUCAUGUACUCUGUUGCUCGUGCUGGUCAACGUGGUUACCAUCGCCGUACUGAAAUCAACAAGAAGAUUUACCGUAUUGCUCAUGGUGCUGAUGCCAAGUCUGGUACUACUGACUACGACUUGACUGAAAAGCCUAUUACUCCUAUGGGUGGUUUCCCUCACUACGGUAUCGUUAACGAAGAUUUCGUUAUGAUCAAGGGUUGUUGUGCUGGUUCCAAGAAGCGUGUUAUCACUCUUCGUAAGUCCCUCACUGUCCACACCAAGCGUUCCGCUUUGGAAAAGGUUUCCCUCAAGUUCAUCGAUACUUCUUCCAAGUUUGGUCAUGGUCGUUUCCAAACUGCUGCCGAGAAGCAUCAAUUCAUGGGUACUCUCAAGAAGGAUAUCUAAACUGUUUUUAUUUACAAGCCUUAAUAAAAGUCUCUUUAUUAUUUAAGUUUGUUUUAUUAUUCAACUAAAUGAAGGUGUGUGUGUGUGUAUUAGAGAGAGAGAGAGAGAGAGUUAUAGAUAGGAAGGUUUUAUUAUUUACAACUACAGAACAUACAGAUGCUUAUUGUCAUACACAAAGAGGGCUUUUUUAAAAAGUCAUUAUUGGACGGACGAUCAAGUGGUAUGCAUAAUAGAAGCCAAAGCAUAAAAUAUAAUUCUAGUAAAAUAGGCUUUCUUCAUUUUAAAUGAUUUUCUUUGAUCCACAAAAGAAAUAUUCAUAUUCAUA